AUGGCGUCUAAUUAUCCAGACCCCGCGCAAAGGAGCAGCCCAAUGGGCCCUCCCAAGCAGCCUGCCUCAAAGGCCUACAACAACCAUCAUCACUUGAUGUCGCCUCCGGAUCACGUUCAGGAUAGUUUUCAUCACAAUCAAUACGAAGCUGGGAAGCCUGCCUCUUCUAGAACCGAUUACGAGAAGCACCGAAUGCCAAUGUCUCCUCCAAUUUCGCCUUAUAACCAGCCCGUCUCGACCGCAGAGGUGCCAACCGGUCCCUCCAAUGCGAUUAAGGAUCCUCUUCUUUAUCCCACAGACGAAGUACCAUCUAGCCCUGCUCAACAACCUCUCUUCGCUUCCGCUGAGGCUGAGGAAGAUCACGAUAAGAUCAUUGAUGGACAUAUUCGUGCUCGCGCUCAAUCCCCAGCAACUUUUGGCAUGACCUCACCGCCGAAUCGUGAGCAUUAUGGUCUGGUUCUUUCCUUUAAAUCUCAAGUCAUGAAGCACUAUCAACAAGAUCCCCGGGGCUGGCUCCGACAAGAGCGUCGCUACCUCCAAGACGAACAAGCCGCUCGGAAUGCUCAUGGUAAACGUUUCCCAAAGAUCAUGCCAGCCAAAACCGUCAAGGCACCUCGACAGCGCGGCGAUCGGGUCCAGAAGCCCCAAUCUACCCCGCGGCCGAUCCGUACCCACCCUCCCGUCGGCCCCAGUCCCGGCGCCGGCAUCGUGCGACCUGCUCGCCGUGUUAGUGCCACUCCCGAGCCGUCUCGUCGUGCCGUUGCUCCUAAUCGUGAGGACAAGGACUUUGCCUCGCUAGAGAAUUACUGCCCACCUCUUGAUUCGUUGCCAAACAAACUCAACAGCCUUAAGGUCGAGUGGAAGGGCCAACCACUCGAUCUCAGCAACGAUCCAAACAAGAUGCACCUUCACCCUGAUGAAGUGUCCCUAGCAAGCAGCCUGCGCCUGGAUGCUGCCACCUAUCUGACAAGCAAGAGGCGUAUCUUCAAACAGAGACUUGAUUGUUACCGCCGCAAGAAAGAGUUUCGCAAGACGGAUGCUCAGCAGGCAUGCAAAAUCGAUGUAAACAAAGCCUCGAAGCUGUGGACUGCCUUUGAAAAGGUCGGCUGGCUCAAUUCAAAGUGGAUGGAACAGUACCUGUGAGAUUGGCCUGUUGUGUCUUUUCGUCGCACGACAGACAUAACAUCAUAUCUUAUUCAAGACACACGACUUCACGGAUUAUGGAAUGAGCAUUCUUACAUUUAGCGACUCAAUUGCUUGUUGCCACCCAAUUGGAUGGCCCGUUCUUCCCCUGGAAUAGUAGAAGCGACGUCGCUUUUCAAGCGUCCCCAGCCUUGAAUACGCUUUCUCCCUCGUUUUUACAACUUUACUUAUUUUGGAGCACUUCUGCUUACAGGCUUGCUUUUCGUUUCUUCUCUUCAUUUCCUCUAUGCCCAUGCAUUCUCACAUGAUUAAAGGCAUUAUUCGGCACCACGGCACAUUUGAACGAUACAACAGAGCAUCAGGGAUUCUCAUCAUCAUGAUACCCGGAGUGCGAUAUACACUGACCCCUUCGCGCGAUCACGUCACCACUCCACACUUUCUUACUAUUUGCUUCCGGUUUCCUUAUGUUCACCUCGCCCCUAUCGAGUCUUGUCGUUUCUCCACAUUGUUGGGGCGAGGGUUUGUGAAUAUCGAGGCAUUGCAUGUACGGCGUUUUUGUAUAUGGUCCCUGCCAGCAGAUUGUUGUGGCACGGGAGCCAUUUUAUCUGGAAAUCGAAGAUGUAGACUCACGUUGAGUCGAGGAGGAUACCAGAAGCUCUCGAGCUGGCAAACUUGGGCAUUAUGGGCCUUGAAAGGGUAACCUUCUGAUUCAUGGCAGAGAUUGAAUGAACCACUGUUUGUGGCAUGGU